UUGAUUGGGGCGCAAGAAACCCUCUGCUAGGAAGCCAUGUGCCUUUCUCUCCCAGACACAGAGCGCGCAUGAGCCGAUAUGUGGCUGCAUGAACGUGUACCUCCACCGGGUUCAUUCGGGGCAGCGCAUUAGCAGUCUGAGCAGGUACCCGCUAAGCCAGACCGUUCCCCACACUUCAUCCUGCUUCUGCAGACAAACGAAUCGAUAGCUUCAAGAAUCCAUCACUCCAGACAACACAGCUGCAGGGAAAUUAUACCUCAGAGCGCGCGGGGCUUUUGCGCUCAUUUGCGUGCGCGCCUUGGAUGGGCUGUCCAACUCGAACAAAAAGAGCAGAGAAAGGGGUGUGUUAAGAGUCACAGACAGCUUUCUCGGAACUCCAGCGACCAGCCAGCCCAGUGUCUGGCGAUGCGCGCGCACGUGUGCAGCCACGCGUGUGUUUUUGUGUGUGGAUCGUUCGUUCGCAACAUGGCGUUGGAGCGCCGAGAGGCACGACGGCUCUCCCCGGACUAGAGCGGCCGCGCUGCGCGAGGGGAAGCGGGGGGACCGAGAGGCAGAGAGAGCCGAAGAUCGCACAGAAACUCCCCGACUUGACCGCGGGCUGAGGCGAGCGCACGCGGCCGGAGCUGUGAACAGACCCACGCUGGUGCAAAUCAAAGGCUGUACAUGGCGGUGGAGACAACAAUUUGGCUGUUCUGUCUUCUUGCGCUGUUUUGUGGUCCAUCCCAGCAAGAGAAGCCUGUUUCAGUGGAGCUCAGCUGUGGUGCCGGACCCAGCCAUGUAGUGUUGGAGCCAGGUUUGCGCCUCUUGCUGGAAUGCAACCUGGGGGCGAGUGAUACACCUUUCAACAUCUCCUGGUUUAAGGAUGGCCAGCUGCUGCCUCUUCAGGGAACUGACUACUCGCAGUUCAUGGUCAACCAGUCCCUCCUACUGAAGCCCACGUCUACAGAUGGCCAGCCCCCCCAGGAUGUGGAAGGGAGUUACAGCUGUGUGAGCGCCAGCGCACGUGGAGCCCUGACCAGCCGCACCGUAAAUGUGCUUCUAGCAAGUCUGUCCAGAUUCCACAAGGAACCAACACCCCAAACAGUGUCUGCCAGUGGAUCUGCUCGGUUUGAGUGUCAUAUAGAGGGGAUACCAUCACCCGUCAUUACAUGGGAGAAGGACAAAGUUGCCAUCACUGAUGUGAUAAGGUUCAUUUCCCUUCCUAAUGGCGUGCUCCAGAUUCUGGAGGUGACCAAGCAGGAUGAGGGUUCGUACCGCUGCGUCGCCAGCAAUUCCGCCGGGAGGGAGACCAGCGAUGAAGCCAGGCUCACUGUCACUACAGGCUCUAAUGAGGCCCUUAGCCCUCUUGUGAUUGUUGCUCGACCCCAGAAUGUCACAGUCGUGCUCGGCCAUCCCGCUGUGAUGGAGUGUAUGGCGCAGGGCCUGCCCAAACCAAUAGUGUCUUGGAGCAGAAAAGAUAAAAAGCCCAUGUCCACCGAUGUGGCUGUUCUUGCAACAAACCUGGUGAUCCAGAACACGAGGCGUCACCAUGCAGGAGUGUACGUCUGCCGGGCCAACAAAAACAUGACAAAUGAUUUCGUCAACGCUUCUGCAGAGCUGCAUGUGUCUGCAUCCCCAGUGAUUCUCCAACAUCCUGAGAGUGUGUCCCUCUCCAGAGGGAACACAGCCAGAUUUCAUUGCAACAGCUCUGGGGAGCCCCGUCCGGUUCUGCGCUGGCUGAAGAAUGGCCAGCCCAUCAAGACAUUCAGGCGGGUGAAGAUACAAAGCCCUGGGACCCUGCUCAUCAACCAGCUGGCUUUGGAUGAUGGGGGCUACUACCAGUGCAUAGCUGACAAUGGGCUUGGCACGGCCUGUGCUACUGCUAAGUUAAUGGUCACAGUAAAGGAAGGCGUACCUAGCCCUCCUCGUCACCUGUCCGUCACGCCCCACUCCAGCACCACCGCCCUUCUCACCUGGAAGAAACCUGAAAACAACUCCGAUCAGGUUAUUGGCUACUCAGUGCACUACCUUCUCGCUACAGGUUCUGAUAAUGUGGAGUAUCAGUUUGUGAUGAAUAACGAAACCACAGAGUAUUUGGCCAAGGAGCUCCUCCCACACACCGCCUAUGUGUUUUUUGUGACGGCUUACUCUCACGGAGGAUCCAGCGGCCCGUCUGAGAAUGUUACUGUAGAGAUGCUGGAGGACGUGCCAAGUGCUCCUCCUCAGCUGUCAAUAGACAGUUCGUCCCCCACUGACAUCAGGCUCAUGUGGCAUCCACUGUCCUCCCAGCACAGUCGAGGAGCGGUCACCCGCUACCGCAUCGAGUACAGCACACUGAAUCAGGCGGACACCAUUUUUUCUGUGGAGGUGCAGGGAAACCAGACUCAGUUCACGCUGCGGGAACUGCAGCCCAACAAAGUCUACCGGCUAAGGAUAGCAGCCGGGACAGGGGUCGGCUUUGGAGUUCCCUCUGAGUGGGCCCAAUAUCAAACAUUAGCCCAGUACAGUCACAGUAACCAAAGCAUUGUGAUCUUUGCUCCCACUGAGCUAAAAGUUAAAGCCAGGGUGAAAACACUCAACGUGACGUGGCAUCCCUCGCCCAACCACACCCUGGUCUCUGGUUACAAGCUGUCCUACAGAGAGAUGGAGGCAGACAUGAAAUCCAGCGGGGAAAGGUCGCUGCACACCAUCCGACUGCGAAAGAAGGCGAGAUCUCACCUGCUCACCGGCCUAGUUGCUGACCGACAGUAUGAGGUCAGAGUUUGGGCGUUUAACAAACACACAGAUGGAGCCGCUGCAGUGUGGAAAGGAAGGACGGAAAGAGAAGAUCACAGGGGAUCAAAUCCACAUAUUCCACACCCCCCUCCACUGCCCCCCAGCAGCAUUCAAGCUGCUGCCAACAGCUCCACCUCCAUCUGGCUGCGAUGGGAGAAACCGCGGUUUAGCAACGUCCGUAUCAUCAACUACACGGUGCGCUGCAGUCCGACGGGAACCAGCAACACAUCCCUGGUGUCAUACCACACGAGUUCUGCUCAGGAGAUUCUGAUCGGGGGACUAAAGCCCUUCACCCAGUAUGAGCUGGCCGUGCAGUCUAAUGGGGUGGACGUGGGGGGACCCUUCAGCAGCACCGUAGAGGAGUCCACUCUGCCUGACCGGCCUUCCACACCUCCAGAAGAACUGCAGCUGAAUGCGCUCAACUCAUCCUCUGUGUUGGUGAGCUGGCGCCCCCCACUGGAAGCAAACGGCAUCAUCAGCAGCUACAAGAUUUUGUACAGUUGCAACCUCAGUGAUCCAGAGCACAUGUGGAAUAGUCUCUCUCAGGAUGGGAGCAUUACCAGUGUGAAAGUGCACACUUUGUCUGCUGGCACCCGGUACUAUUUCAAGGUGGGAGCUUCUACUGAGGUGGGGUCAGGACCCUCUUCACCUGUAAAGGAUGUUCAAACUCCCCAUCCCAAAUAUGAGGUGGACAUCCAUGCACUGACAGGCAUCAUAAUUGGUGUUUGUUUGGGGCUGAUGUGCAUCCUCCUGUGUAUUUGUUUCAGCUUUCGCAAAAGCAAAUCCAGGGAGACAUCUGGAGCACUGAACUCCACAGCUGUGAGUCCUCAGUACAGAAGAGUUGGAUUCCCUGUUCCAGCCAAUAAAAUAGACUGCAGUGACAGCCAUGAGUUAGAUAUAUUGAUGCCCCCCAGCUGCCAAGAAUCUGCCCAGCCAUUAGCAGAAGCGCAAGAAUCAGAGAGUCUGAUGGCAACCUCUGAUCCAGGACAGGCUAAAGAUGCAUCUGUACCUGAACCCAAGGCUGCUUGGAAUGGCUCUGUCAGUCAUAACUGGGUAAACAGAAUCACAAAGUACAGAGACACGAUAAUGGAGGACUCUCCUGCACUCAUUAAUGGCGCUUUCAAUAUAUUCAUGACUGCAGCUGGAUUGGAAGUAGACAGCCGCCUGUGUUCGUCCCUGUGCAGUAACCAGGUGGAAGCGGAAGUCAUUGUUCACUCUGAGCUGUCAGACCCCAGCAGGGAGAAGGAUGAUGAGGAAGAAGAGGGCAUGGAGAGGGAUUCUAACACCACCAGAGGACCCUCAUCAUUGGAGGUGAGCCAGCAAAGUUCGCCAGAGGAAGAGGAGGCUUUUGAUAAGUGUUUGCUGGCUGAAAGUUCCUCAUUUACUCCUUUGAAAACACUGGUGGCCAACCAAAAUGGGGAGGCAGACGUGUCAGGACACCAGCCGCCUGCAGAAGCAGAACCCCGGCUGGACACGGGGCUCACCAACGGCUUUCAUUCUCCUAACGCCAAACGGUCAGAGCAUCUGGAAAAUGCGGACUCCAAGCAUUGCCCAUGUGCAUCAGGAAGGGCCAUCUCUGCUGGGCUGUCCCCCGCCCCCUUUGUUGGCUCCGGUUUUGUCCAUUCUACCUCAGCAGCACGCUCGUACCUGUGCCCAUAGCCUCCAUGUGUAGGAUUAGUCCCACAAACUGCAGACUGUAUUUGUUUUACAAAGCCAGAGGAAUUAUUUUCUGCUCUUCAUGAUUAUUUUGCAAAGUUUUAUAUGAACUCUGAAUCCAUCAUUUAUUACAGCAUAUGGAGUAGGACAUACUGAGUUUUAUCUCAACAUUUUCUAUUGGUUUUAAUCAUCUCAGUAUGUUUCCCUUCUCAGCAUCUUUCCUGUUCAUGUGCCAACAAAAGCAAGAUGAAACAAAUCCAGACUGGUGGGGUUUGGAAAACGCAAUUCCCACUGUGUCACUCGUCGCUUUUUUUCCACUCAGGAAUGAGAGAAUCCUAAGGAGUGAUGACAUAUUUCGGCAGUUCACCACCAGCAGCGGUAAAACGGGAGGUCGUGACCGCGGUGGCUCAGAGGUUUAAGCCCUAAAGAGUAAUCCCAGUCCUGCUCAAGUGCAGAACAUCCCCAUCUCUCUUCGGCCUUCUGCUGGCUCAGGGUCCACACACAUGCAUUCAGAUGCAUACAGGAAUCAUAGCUAAUUUCAGUCAUGCAUAAACAUGUAUUGACUCUUUUCCAGGAAGUAGUGCAAGCAGUCUCUCAGGUGCCUGAUUAUUCUAGGUGCAUUUCUAACCUUUCUGUAUUCUAUGAAUGAUUGUAUCCCACUAAAACAUGUGAACGAGCAGAAAAAAAAGGUAUGAGAGUACAACUUAGACCUUUGGUGUUUUUAUUUUUCAUAAGGCCAUAUAAAAAUUUUGGGGGAUUUCUUUUUUAAACCAAUUUUGCUGUUUUAUAGAUAUUGGAUAUCUAAUUUUCUAAUCAAUGUAUUUACAUUUAGUAUUGUCUUUUAUUUUUAGGAGAACUUGGGGCAGAUUUAACAACAAUCCAUCUGCAUACCACUCCUAUUUUAUCUCCCGAUUUCGGGAUGUCCAAAGUGUGCACAAACUGCUAUGCUAUUCUAGUUCAGGCUGGUUUUCCCCUAAAGUAAAUACAUACACUUUUGUGCAGAGAAAAAUAUACCGGUAGCUUGAUUCCUCAAGUCAGCUGAUAUAAACUCUAAAAAAAAAUAGUUUGUUCUGCAUUCAGUGGGUGUCCAAAUUAAACAAACUUUUUGUAUUUGACAAGAGACCAAUGAAAAACACCCAUCUGUGUUUUAUAAUGAUCAUCUUUCAUUUUUAAAUAUUGAUCAUUCUUUAAAAUAAGCUAAUUGCUAUUUUCUAAGUUAUUUUUUGAAGUGACUUUUGGUUGACAUGAUGUUAAAGUGGGACUGGUGCAUCUUAUUUUUUCCCCAACAUCACUACCUCAGUUCCUCACAGGAUGGUUGUUGUUUUAUUUCUAAGAAUCUUAAUAGCGCCUUUUUAUAAAGACUUUCCAUAUGUCUUUUUUCAUUUGUACAGCAAUAGAUAAUUGAAUAAUAAUCACCCAAAGCUGACUACUAAAUUACUCAACAUGGCUUUCAGUUUGCAAAUUUCUCCAAAAGUUUCAAAUGUUCACCCAGGUGGGGUUUAGGUGUAAGAAAUUAAAGUCCCAAAGCAAACAUUGAACUAGGAAAAAUGGCAAACGUUAUAGUGAGACUCCAAAUACAAAUGCACACUUUUCUGAACCUAUUUUAUGCUUUUCACUGUCAGGUUUAAAUCAUUGAAAAAGCAUAUAACAAUCAUAAAGACAAAGAAAAAUAACACUGCUUUGACUAGUCGGUAAACUAGUGUUAAAGGUUCCAUUGUCAUCUUUUUCUUUCUCCCAAAGCCAUGAAACUGUAAAUGUGUUUCACCAGCAGCUGAUGUAAAUAAUCACAAUAAACUCAUUUUUUAAAUCUUUGUUGCAAAUUAAAAAAAAAAAUCUGGUCUUUAUCAUCUUAUAUCAAUAAAACAUUGAAAUACAGUAGCAGUUCAUGAAUUAGUCGGUUCCUGUUUAAAUGCUUUUGUUAGCUGAUCAGACUUGUUUUGAUGGGUUGUCCUGAAGUGUCAUUUUUCUUUUUUCUAAAAAGAACAUAAUAUGGUUGGGAUUUCCAAAGUUCCAUGCGAGUAAACCAAAGAGACCGUGCCUUUCAGCUGUUAAACAUUGUGAUGGAGGCUUAAAGUUUUGGGACCCGGAAAACUCCUGAUAUUUAGUGAGUUGACCUUUAACAUCAUUGUAUACCAAAGAAUUGUGGUGUGAAAUGAGGACAUCUGUCUGACAGCUGGCAGUAGACCGUUGUGCGGAAGGGCAAUGAUCUGAAAAUACAGCAGCAAAUCUGACUUAAGUACUCAGGCAGAAAAAAUCUGGAAAGUUAUGUCUGAAUGAAUCCCAGUUAGUUUCAUUGAAGGAGGAGAUGGUGUGAAGCAGUGCGGCUUAAACAGCCUUGGUUAAAUUUGGCUCAAUUUUUGUAUUAAAAAUUAGUUCUGUUUGUAGGAGUGGAUAAAGACCAGAUUUUUUUUAUAUAAAUAGUAUUUUAUAUGCAAAGGUAAAAAAAAAACUCAUUGGGUCAUACGCUUUAUUAUUUUGUAUUUUUAUAGAGUUGGAAAAAUAAUGCAAUAAUUUGCAUUCCGAAGUCCUUAUUUUAUUUUAUUUGUUUGUUUUCAGGACAAGUGGCCUCUUUUGAAGUAGGACCAAAAUCUUAGAUCUCAUUAGAAAAUGUAUUGCAAACUACCAUCUAAGAAUUAAAAAAAGUGUAUUUACUGCUUUCCUCAAAAAUCUUUUGUAGUCCUACUGCUUUCAUUGAAACCAAAACAGGUUUUCCGUUGUGAUUUAUGGAUUGAGGGUAAUUCUUUUUUGUUUUAUAAAGUAUAAAGCCAAAUACCUUUGGGCCUACUGUCAUUUUGAUCCAAGCAUUCUUUAUAGAAUAACCUUAAAUUCUUUCAUUAUACCUACAAAAAAUGCUUCCUUGGAAACCGAAACCCAGUCAGGAGUUUGUUUAUUUAUCAAACACAAUACUAGUAACAGAAAAAAACAUGCAUAUAACACCAGUUAAUAUACAUCGAGUCUUAAAAACUACUUUAAAAAAUACAAUGUUUUGUUUUUAAAAUAAAUGUUAAAAAAAUCACUUACUUCCCUAACCAGGGUUUUCUAGUCGUGGAUUUAACAUCUAUCAUCCUGCUUGUUUUACUUCCUGCUUAUCAGCUGAACUUAGGUUCUUCUUGAUUAAGUAGAGCUCAAACAAGCAAUCCGCAGCAAGUUUUGAAAUGACAGCAUGAAAAGAAACAAGAAUGUAGAUCUUUGACAGCAUAAAUUAGCAGUAGAUUAUUCGUUUAUCUCUGAGAUUCUAACUUCAUAAACCUUUUAGGUACAAGCUGAGUGAUGUUUGGGUUCAGCACUAAUCAAUCAACUGCUGAAUUCUUUGCUACACAAUUAGAAGUCUCUCAGGAAGUCUUUUCCCACCAUAUAAAACAUAUUUUUAUUCAAAUUUCUGAAGUUUCUUUACUCGGUUUCAAAGAAUAAUAACCUCCACAAAGAAUCUCCCAAAAGUUCAAAGUCCUUCAUAUAAAUAAAGUCAUUAGGCGGCCACAUUGGGAUGGUUUCAUUUGAUCAUACAUACGUACACCAAUUAUGGCGUCAACUUCAACAAUACCAGUGAACUCGUAUCUAAUUUUGAUACACUUGAAUAGUUCUUCUUAAACCCCAGCUGCAUUUGUCGCCCCCCUAUAUCUCACUAGACCCCAUCACAACACCAGCUUCUUCUUGAGCAUGCGUAACAAAGACACAGCCACCUCCUGUGAUGGAGUUAGAUGUUAUGAUGUACAGUCUGAGUUCUUUUAUUUUCUUUAAAUGCUGCUUCUCCUGUUUCCCUCUCGAUGCAGUUGUGUCACAGCACGCUGAGCAGAAGAUACUGUAAAUGGUCAAAUCAGCAUCCAGUGUAAAAGGUGCAUGCUUUGCUUAUUAAAAUAACUGCUCACAUGUAACCACCAUCUCUCUUCGUUGCCUCGAACAAUCAAACCUUAAUGAGGAAAACGUGUCAUGCUCUGUUUGCAGAAAUGAUAAUUACUUUGAUAAUUGUGUAUAUUUCAUUCUCCUUUUGGAAUGGUUUUAUUAAACUAUAUACCUCAUGUGGGUAAUUUUUAUUAGAUUCCUAUUUGUUUUUGGAUAUUACACAUUUUGUAGCAAAUAGAAUGUACAGACUCAAAUAUCCUCUAGUUUCUGUGAGUUUAUCAGAAGAGGUGAGUGACAUUUUGUUUGAACUUCUUACUCAUUGCAGUCAAAGGGAUCGUCUUGACUAGCUUGGAAUUAGCUAGUGAAGUAAAGGGGAACAUUUGAAGGAUAUUUAAAAUGACUUUUACUCUGAAAGAGUAGUACAUUUUUAAAUGGAUGAUUGAAAAUGAAGCAUGAUGUUUUCUCUGUUAUUAUUUAGAGCUGGGGUUGCCCAAAUACAGGCCCCGAGGGUCCUGUGUCCUACAUGUUUUCCAACCAACCUGCCAUUGAAGCUCCUUUUUGGCUAAACACAUGUGAUCCAGGUAAUCAGCAGCAGAUAAGGCAGGAUUUCUGGAAAACCAGCAAGAGGCCGGCCCUCAAGGCCUGGAUUUGGGCUCCCCUGAUUUAGAGGAUUGUCCUUCAGUGGAUACCCUCCCUAUGCAGGUCAUACCUCUCAGCACAGGCUGCCAAUUAUACAAAAAAAAGAAGAAAAACAGGUUUCCUCCUUACUCAGGUGCUCCACCAUUGCUUAUAAACUGUAAAUGGUUCACGCCAGCAUGUCUAAUCGGAUGCAUGUCAUUUGUAUCGCCAUGUUGUCUUUUUUGCACAGAUGAUAUCCUUUUGUACACUUUUUUGCCUCUGGUUUUUCUGUGCAUUAACAGGGUCAGCUGGUGUUUCUAAUGUCACAGUGGAGUGCCGUUUUCAGAUGGGCUCAUUUUGUGUGCAUGCUCUAGUCUCUUUGCAAAAGUAUGCAAACACUCUCCUGCUAAGUGCCAGUAAACAACCUGGAACAACUGUUUGUGAUCAUUGUGUACAGAGCAAGCCCUCAUACCAUGUUGGAGCACUUAGACUUGUGCCUGUUCUUGGGCCAUGAGAAACAUUCAUACGGACAUUUUAGAAGUUUAUCUCUGUUAGUCUGAAAAGUUUCCUUGUAAAUGGUAGUGACAGAUAAUACAAAAGUGUUCUUUGUUCACAGGAAUGGUAGCACUGAUGGCCUGUGGAAUGUUUUAAAACUGUGUUACAAUUUGUGGAAAUGUACAUAACUUGCAGCACCUGUGAAACAUUGUCAUGUAAAUAAAAAUAUGACUCAAAGUA